GGCGCAGCCCGGGCCCCGGCGCGAGCAGGAGGCGGAGCUGCGCUGGCCGCGGCCGCUCGGGCAGGUCGGCGGUCCCCUCCGGAGCCCUCCGACGGCGCGGGCUGCUAGUCCCGGCGCGGAGGAGGCGCGGGCUGCCCUGGGGCCAUGGAGCCUGGUGAGGCGGCGCGCCCCAGCCCGGGGCGGGCUGUCCGGGCGCUGCCGCCACGGCUGCUGCUGCUGCCGCUGCUGCUGGGUCGGGGGCUGCAAGCCGCGGCCGCGGCCUCCUCCUCUGGGGCGGCGGCCGAGGACAGCAGCGCCAUGGAGGAGCUCGCCACCGAGAAGGAGGCGGAGGAGAGCCACCGACAAGACAGCGUGAGUCUGCUCACCUUCAUCCUGCUGCUCACGCUCACCAUCCUCACCAUCUGGCUCUUCAAGCACGGCCGGGUGCGCUUCUUGCACGAGACCGGGCUGGCCAUGAUCUAUGGGCUCAUCGUUGGGGUGAUCCUGAGGUAUGGUACCCCUGCCACCAGUGGCCAUGACAAGUCACUCAGCUGCACUCAGGAAGACAGGGCCUUCAGCACCUUAUUAGUGAAUGUCAGUGGGAAGUUCUUCGAAUACACCCUGAAAGGAGAAAUCAGCCCUGGCAAGAUCAACAAUGUAGAGCAGAAUGACAUGCUGCGGAAGGUAACAUUUGAUCCAGAGGUAUUUUUCAACAUUCUGCUGCCCCCAAUUAUUUUCCAUGCUGGAUACAGUUUAAAGAAGAGACACUUUUUCAGAAAUCUUGGGUCUAUUCUGGCCUAUGCCUUCUUGGGGACUGCUGUUUCCUGCUUCAUUAUUGGAAAUCUCAUGUAUGGUGUGGUGAAGCUCAUGAAGAUUGUGGGACAGCUCUCAGAUAAAUUUUAUUACACAGAUUGUCUCUUUUUUGGAGCAAUCAUCUCCGCCACUGACCCAGUGACUGUGCUGGCAAUAUUUAAUGAAUUGCAUGCAGACGUGGAUCUUUAUGCACUUCUGUUUGGAGAGAGCGUCCUAAAUGAUGCCGUUGCUAUUGUAUUGUCUUCGUCUAUUGUUGCCUACCAGCCAGCGGGACUGAACACCCAUGCCUUUGAUGCUGCUGCCUUUUUUAAGUCAGUUGGCAUUUUUCUAGGUAUAUUUAGUGGCUCUUUUACCAUGGGAGCCGUGACUGGUGUUGUGACUGCUCUAGUGACCAAGUUUACCAAGCUGCACUGCUUCCCCCUGCUGGAAACGGCACUCUUCUUUCUCAUGUCCUGGAGCACGUUUCUCUUAGCAGAAGCCUGCGGAUUCACAGGUGUUGUAGCUGUUCUUUUCUGUGGAAUCACACAAGCUCAUUACACUUACAACAAUCUAUCGGUGGAAUCAAGAAGUCGAACCAAGCAGCUCUUUGAGGUGUUACAUUUCCUGGCAGAGAACUUCAUCUUCUCCUACAUGGGCCUGGCGCUGUUUACCUUCCAGAAGCAUGUUUUCAGCCCCAUUUUCAUCAUUGGCGCUUUUGUUGCCAUCUUCCUGGGUAGAGCUGCGCAUAUCUACCCACUCUCCUUCUUCCUCAACUUGGGCAGAAGACAUAAGAUUGGCUGGAAUUUCCAACACAUGAUGAUGUUUUCAGGCCUCAGGGGAGCGAUGGCAUUUGCAUUGGCCAUCCGUGACACGGCAUCCUAUGCUCGCCAGAUGAUGUUCACCACCACGCUCCUCAUCGUCUUCUUCACUGUCUGGAUCAUUGGUGGAGGCACGACACCCAUGUUGUCAUGGCUUAACAUAAGAGUUGGCGUCGAGGAGCCCUCCGAAGAGGAUCGGAAUGAACACUGCUGGCAGUACUUCAGAGUUGGUGUUGACCCAGAUCAAGACCCACCACCCAGCAACGACAGCUUUCAAGUCUUACAAGGGGAUGGCCCAGAUUCUGCCAGAGGAAACCGGACAAAGCAGGAGAGCGCGUGGAUAUUCAGGCUGUGGUACAGCUUUGAUCACAAUUACUUGAAGCCCAUCCUCACACACAGCGGCCCCCCACUAACCACCACUCUGCCCACCUGGUGUGGCUUGCUAGCUCGAUGUCUGACCAGUCCUCAGGUGUACGAUAACCAAGAGCCACUGAGAGAGGAAGACUCCGAUUUCAUCCUGACUGAGGGUGACCUCACUUUGACCUACGGGGACAGCACAGUGACUGCGAAUGGCUCCUCAGGCUCCCACACAGCCUCCACAAGUCUCGAGGGCAGUCGGAGAACAAAGAGCAGCUCCGAGGAAGUGCUGGAGCGAGACCUGGGAAUGGGAGACCAGAAGGUUUCUAGCCGUGGCACCCGCCUAGUGUUUCCUCUGGAGGAUAACUUUUGACUUUCUCCCCAAACCCUGACAUGAUGGGGUGGGCUCCCAGUGGGGUGAGAAUGGCUACAAGCCCCAGUGUUGUUUGAGGUGGGGCAUUGACUGGAUUGAACUAAUGCUUCUCUUUUAUUGGGGUCUGAAGCUAUCGUAUUACUUAAAAUUUAACCCAAGAUGCACUAAAGUGUCUCUAAAUUAAGACAAAUGCAGACCUAUUCCCACUUUUUCACAUAGUAGUGCACUGUUUUCAGAGUUAAACAAACAAAAAAAUAGCAUGCUUUAUUGGUCUCUUAAUUCAUUCGCCUGUGGUAUCUGAACAAGGUGGGCAGGUGCUAGGGAUUCCUCCCACGAGAGGCCGCAUCUCAGCACUCAGCAGUGCAAGUCCAUCUGGCUGUAGGAACAGCAAGUCAGGGGAGAACAGGCUAGAAGAAAGAUUGAGAAGGAAGGCAAUUGAGAUUGGACCUCCAAGGAUUAUGGGAAACUUGUGUUAAAUGGGGCAGAAAACAUGAAAAAGCAAUUUGAGUAGAGGCUCUGGCAGUGGAGGCUCUGGCAAUGAAGGCUGCGUGACUGCAACCUCAUAUCAGGAUUCCUGACUUCUGUGCUACCUGUGUUUCUUCUAGACUGAAGAUUCGAAAAUAUAUCCAUGAACGUUUCAACAUGGAAAAAAGAAUUAUUGUUCCUUCUCUGGAAAUGUCCAUAAAGAAGAAGUUACUGAAAUGUUUAAAACCAAAGGGAAAUAGUGUUAUACUGUUAUUUUUUAAUUAGUCUGAGGAAAGGAGGUAUUUAGAAACUGAUGAUGGUUUCACUGCAAAAAGCACUCGCCUUUUGGGGGCUACCAUUAUUAGCUGACAGCCUGGGAAGUGAUUACUAGGACUGAGUUACCUACUGUGGGUUUAGAAAUAACACUGACAUUUGUAGGCUGCUUUUAUCUGGGGAAGAGAAGGCAGCAAGGAACCUAAGAGGCAACAGGCUAGAAUUCAGAGGGGCAAAAAUCUCAAUGCAAAAAAAUUAACUGCAAAGAAAUAAAAAAUAGUAGUCUCAAGACUGGAUAGAAUUCCAAACUUUGAACUGACGAGUGCAUGAAAUUUCAGUGGCCAUAUGAGGAAUCAGAGGAGAGUCAGUGGAACCAGAAGCACUAUUCAACCCACUAGGAGGUUCUGUCUUCUCUAAGCUAAAGAAUCCAGAUGUUUUUACAUCACCGAGUACUGUGCAGAGAAGGGUCAUUUUCUUUGUAUCUGGGGAGGCUGCUGCACCAGCUAAAUGUGUAGGUGUGCUUCGAAAUUUAGGUUUUUAGUUUGGUUCUUUCUGGGUGAGCUAUUCUUCCUGCCCACACCUGUGGUACUGAAAUACUGAGACUUCUUGGGAAAAGUUUGAGUUCUUCCCCAUGUCUCUCUGCUUCAGUGCUAGUGAUUUUUGGUAACCCAGUUUCCAAAAAUGCUUUCAUAAUAUGGGCAUUUUUCUUAUUUGGCAAACAGUGUAGUGUACCAGGCUAGUACACCCAUACUGAAAUCAGCCAUCUAACCUUCUUCUUCACUCACAUUUUCAAUGGUUAAUUUUAAAAUAUACUAUUACUUCACAACUUUAUGUGUUUGAAUUGAUAAUGUGUGCAAAUCAGGAAAAAAUUUAUUUAGUUAGGUCAAGCCAUAUGAAAUUGCUGAUAUUCAACCAUUUACAAAAAAAAAAAAAAGAGACAGGAAUGGCAAUUUCAUAUAGUUCAAUAUAAUAUGAUUGAAUGAUUUUUAUUUGCCUCUUUCCUUUUUAUCUACAAUAAAGUCCAUUUUGAUUUUAUAGCCAUUCAUGGGCUUUGUAGGUGUAAAAAAAGCUAAACAAUGUCCCUAGCUCUAUGAGGGCUCAGGAUUACCUGGGUUAGCAAAGGACUUAAGAAGACCUAUACCCCACCACCAGAGAAAGAGCUUUCUCAGAGAGCCCCUGGAAAGGAGGUUCUUGGUGAUAGGUCAGGUUGCAGGCAGCAGCUGCCAGACUUGACAGAAACCCGGAAAUGUGUGUAUGUGCUCAGCCUGGAACCAGCACAGGAGAUUUUAUUUAGUAGUUAUGUCAAGUAAUGACCAGUCAUGCCGUAUAAACUUAAGAGAUGAGGCUUGUUUGAGUUUUGUGCAGAGAUGGAAGAGUAGGCUGGUGGCUCUUUAUAAAGCGUUGCUUAUCUCUUAUGUUGCUUACUUAAUUUUGGAGGUAAAAAACUUACAGAAAACACCCUGAUGAUGAUUCUUGAAAAGAAGCCAACCAGGUAGGUGCCUUGCCUUUGUUAACCUCAAGGCUUUGUUGACAUUUUGGUUUUCUAGGAAGCUUUCAGCAAACUAUAAAAAAUUACCCUCUUAGGAAAGAAAAAUAACCACUGACUUUCCCUCCCUAGUCUUGUCAGUCCAUAAAUUCUGUCUUUUCCCCCAAGGGGUCUUGUAGUCUUCUUUGCAAAUAUUUUAUUCUGACCUACUUAAGUAGAAGGAAAUGGAGAUUUGCCAAGACCAAAACUAGAAGUGCAGACUUCCCAGUAGGGUUUUCCUGUGGGAACAUCAGAGUGGAAACGGAGGAAAUCCUGACUGUGGUUUGUCUUCUUCCCUCAGUUUUGACUAGGACAAAGAGUAGUUCAAAUGUAAACAAGGUGGGUUGAGGGUGGUUUGUAUAGGGCAGGGGUCCACCCAGAAGACCUCCCUGGAAAAGAGAGUACCCGAAAUGUCUUUGCAGCAUUUACCCAAUGAUCUUACCUUGGCCUUUCUUUGUGGGUUGGGAAGCUGGAAAUCCGGGCUGGUCUCCCUUUUUCCCCUUCUUCAGUAGCCCUGAACUGUCAGGCAUUUGAAAUUCAAACUCCGUUCUAGUGUUAUAAGUCCUUUUUUAAAUUAUAAAUAGUCAAUGGA